GUGGCCAAUGGAUAACUGUACGUACCUCUAAUUCAAAGCAGAUCCAUCAGAUAACUCCUUGAAGUCUGACAGUGUGAAAUACAGUGUGCAGAAUUUAGGAAGGACAUUGCAUAAAGUCUUAAAACAAAGGAAGCAAAUCGCCAUAACUGCUUAUGUUGUCCAGAGACUUAUGUGGAAUCUGUGUUAUACGGAAGCUUUCCCGGGGAAGUCUGUAGAAAAGACGGCAGCAGAGAUACAGCACUGACUUACCUAUUUCAGCAUGAGAUCUGUCCGGUCUUUUGCUAAUGAUGAUCGCCAUGUCAUGGCAAAACACUCCAUCAUAUACCCAUCUCCGGAAGAGCUAGAAGCUGUCCAGAGCAUGGUAUCAACUGUAGAAUGUGCUCUGAAGCAUGUCUCUGAUUGGAUAGAUGAGCACAAGUGUAUAAAAACUGAGAAUGAACCUCAGAUCAAGAAAGAAAACCUCGAGGACACUUCAGCCAAGGAUGAAAGUGGCCGAGUACUAUGUGGAGUCAUGAGAAUUGGCCUGGUUUCCAAAGGGUUGCUAAUUAAAGAUGAUAUGGAUUUAGAGCUGGUUCUCUUGUGUCAGGAAAAGCCAUCAACAAGCUUAUUAGCCACAGUUGCAGAAAACCUCCCCCUACAAAUUCAGAAAAUCACAGAAGAAACCUUCAAGGUGGAACAAUGUGUGGAGGAUGCAUCUCUUCUUGUUCAAUGUUCCAAGGAACCUAAAUUGAUCCUAAAAGUCAUUCUUACUUCCCCAGUGUUCCGAGAAGAGGAGGACAGGCCUGGUGGAGUAGAAAAUGUUGCGAUGAAAGAUCCUCCGGACUUAUUGGACAGGCAGAAAUGCCUGAACGCCUUGGCGUCUCUGCGACAUGCCAAAUGGUUUCAGGCAAGAGCCAAUGGAUUAAAAUCUUGUGUAAUUGUGCUGCGCAUUCUGCGAGAUCUGUGUAACAGAGUCCCUGCCUGGGCACAGCUGAAAGGAUGGCCUCUGGAACUUAUAUGCGAGAAGGCAAUAGGGACUUGCAAUAGGCCGCUUGGAGCAGGUGAAGCCUUACGAAGAGUCAUGGAAUGUCUAGCAUCUGGCAUCCUCCUCCCAGGCGGUCCGGGACUGCAUGAUCCUUGUGAGAGAGAGCCUACAGAUGCCCUUGCUUACAUGACCGUAAAAGAAAGAGAGGAGAUCACGCACAGUGCACAGCAUGCUCUCCGUUUACUGGCCUUUGGACAGAUAUACAAAGUCUUACAAAUGGACCCUCUACCUUCUAAUAAACCUUUCCCAAAAUAUUCUUGGUCGAAUUCAGACAGAGAAGGUUCUAGUUUAAAAAGACCAUUUGAUGAUGGAUCAUCUGAUGAAAAAGAUCCAAAUAAGAAAAUGAGGCGAAGCUUACGCAAAAUUUUAGAUUGCAAAGCCAUAGACUCUAACCAGCCAAUGAAUGCACUAAUGCGACUUAACCAGAUUCGACCUGGUCUGCAGUACAAGCUGUUGUCACAAUCUGGUCCAGUUCAUGCCCCAGUCUUCUCCAUGUCUGUGGAUGUAGAUGGCACAACACAUGAAGCUUCUGGGGCAUCUAAGAAGACAGCCAAACUUCAUGUAGCAGUGAAGGUUCGUAUUGCACCCAUUGGUGCAGAGAAAGGGAGAUAUACACGUUUAAUUUUGGAUAUUCAUUUUCAUACAAGACAGAAGAUUAAAUUGAGGGGCAGAAGAAGGUCGAAGUGAAAAUUAGAAUUAAAAGAAAAUAAAAUUUCGAGCAAAUUGUUGUGUACUUCGACUAGGUAAUAGUCCAAAUUCGAUUAGAAUUUGAAAAAAAAUCAAAAAUGUAUCGUACUGUCUCUUUAAAAAUUUGACUUCGACCAUUCACCAUCCAAAACCUGCCGAAUUGAUGUUUUAGCCUAUGGGGGACCUCCGAGAACAUAUUUGGAGUCAAUUGGUUUGAAUCGAAUUUGAUUGAAUGCGAUAUUACAUAGAUUCGUAUUCGAUCGAAAAUUGACCUAAACGGCCAAAAUAUCCCCCUUCGAUUUAAUUUCAGUUGAUCUUUUUGAAUUUCGAAAUUUUUCAAAUUCGAAAUUCGACCCUUGAUGAAUCUGCCCCUGAGUGUGAGGGAUUAGUGAGUUUCAUGACUAUUAAAUAACCCACUAAUAUUCUUACAAAAGUCUAAUUUAAAAAAUUGAUAAGUAAGCUUUUUUCUAAUGGGCUGCAAAAAUGGAUUGUUUAUAGUAAAAAAUAAAGUACUUUAU